CAGAUAUGAAUCAUGGGAUAGGUUUACAAAUGGCGUCGCUUAACUCCUUUUCAACAAGAUAUAACAACAUAUCGAUUACAACCUACCAAAAAAAAAAAUGAAAAUUCAUUUGGAAGUACUAACCUCUACAGUUAUCAAACGUAAAAAGCCAUGGUCCCAAGUAAUAUGGCUAGGAAAGGAGCGUGAAAGUUUAUUUCUCUUGGAUGGGAACAGAGUUAGUGUUUUAUACGUACCCUCAGGAAAAACCAAAAGAAAUAUUACAAAAUUGUCUGCUCUACUCUCUGAAGCAGUUUGCUUAACAUCUACUACAGAUGGCCUACAUUUGUUGGGCAUACAGUCUUCAGGAGAAGUCUUUAUUUGGCAAAAAGAUUCUGAUGAACUAAAAACUAUAUGUGGGCUUUCUGGGCUAUUACUUAGUGAAGGAAUUAGCCUGAAAGGAAAUUGUAGACUUUUCUCUUCUGUUGAUUGUACUGAGUUGCUUCUGGUGAUUGAUUUCAAGUGCAUCUUUCUGUGGCAGCAAGAUCAGGCUGAUUUAAAGAACCAUACACUAUCUGGAAAAUGGUUGAGAGUACCUACUCAUUCUGGUACCCUUCUUCCAUUGCCUGAUAAUAAAGAAGCUUCAACAGAUGCAACAUUUUACAAUAGUGAGGUUUUUGGAAAGUGUUGCCAACUUAGUAUUGUUUUUAACAAGAAUAAAAAUGUACAUGUGACAACUCUUUUGAUUCAUUUUGAUAAACUCUCACAGUCCAUCAAACAAGACAAAGAAGAUAUAUCCAUUUCUUGUACAUGGAGUCACAUAGACUUGUCACUGAAAAACAGUGCAAUAAAUUAUGAGCCAAUCAGUAUGCAAGGAGCUUUUGUGUGCCAGUAUACACAUAAUGGCCAGAUUCUAGCUGUUGGUAUCAACCAAAAGUCUCCAGCCCAUACAAGUGUUCUCUUUGUUUCACCAUUUAUUCAAACUGUGCUCAUCUCAGAUAUCAAAGGAGCUGGUGUGAAAGAUCCUGCCUCUAAGAGAGGAAGACAAUACUGGAUUGCUGAACUGAAAUGGACAAGCAACAAUUUAUUUUUAGUUUUGAUGCUCAAUAAUGGAUCAGCUGGAAUUUUGUCUCGACUUGGUGAACUUUUAAUUUUGAUAUCCCAGGGCUGUUCUGUUCAUUUAGGACCUGCCUAUUUUCUACCCUUCACUCCUCUUAUUUCUGUACAAUCAAAUGAAUCUAACAACUUAAGUAAUCAAGUGUCACUUAACUCAGACUACAAUGUACAACAUCAGAAAUUUUCAGUUUCAACUCACCCCUCAUUACCUUUAGUGCUAUUCUCUGAUGGCUAUGUGGUAACUGUUGUAAGUCUCCCACCUGAGGUCAGCCAGAUGAUAUUUAUGAGGGAUUUGGUGCUGGAGUCCUCAGUCUAUUUGAAGCUUGUGGCUGACACCAACAGGCUUGAUCUAACUCUAGCGAAUGCUUACAGCCUCCCUGCUGGAGAAUCGGAGAGUGUCAAGCAAACGCCAAGGGUUCAUAAAAAUAGACAAAUCAGAGGCAAGAGUUAUUCCUUUGAGGACCUUAGUGUCAGUUUAAAUGAGACACUGGACAGUGAAGUUAGCAUGGCACUUGGCUUAGAAGAUCAAGCUGUUUUUGACAUAAGCUCUGGUAAGAUUGUGUUUGGAGAAACUGAAGCCAUAACACUGAAUGAGGAUUCAAUCCAUAAUGAGCCCAAAGAUACUUUAAAAGCUCUGCAUUUAGCUAGACAGAAUCUGUUGAAUGUUUGGAAGCUUGCUGCUUCAAGCACUGAGCUUUGGUCAGCCAAUAUGGACAAAGUUGUCAAUCAUGCUGUUCACAAUAUUGUCAAGUUAUUUUCUUUAAUCCUGGAUUGUCCUCAAGUUGAAGAAUUACUUGAAGCAUCAGGCAAGGACUUACAGAUCAACACAAAAAGACUUUUUCAGGUAGUUUCUUUUUACAAAUUACUAAUGGACAUUCUUCAGUUUGACUGCCAACAGCGCUAUCUACUUCCUUCAGUACUACAUUUGUCACAUAAGUUGUCUGGUACCAUACUAUCUAGUGUUGGACUCAGUCAGUCUGAUCCUAGAAUCAAGACUCUAACUGGUUGUUUUACACUUCUCAAGUUCACUGAAAAAUCUCUUCUUAACACUUAUGUGGUGAUCCCACAUAAUUUAAAGUCAAAAAGUUUGGUUGCAGUUUCUAGUGAUGGUGAAGUUGCUCAUCAUUUGGCAGAUAAGGACAUUUUACAGUUAGACAAAGACUUAACAAAAAGGAUGACUUCAACUUGGAAACUUUUGUUUAAAGCUGUGCUCCAGUAUAUGUCUAGUAAUGAUGUGAGUGCCCAGGCUAUGAGACAAGCGCACACAUUGAAACAGGCUUUAGAGCAAAACUUGGUAGAAAUGGAUAUUGACAUGGAGCCAGUACAGAUACCAGAGAUUAGUUCUGGAGAAAGAUACAGUCUAGAUGGCAGGCAUACAAUGGCUAUACAGGCAUGGCAGAAACAACUCAAUAAAAACCCAGAAGUUCAAAACACAAAAAGUGCAUCCAAGGUACUGCACUCAUUGUUCUAUACAUACAUCCUGCGUAAUGACCUCACAGCUGCACUCUCAUUUGUGGACUCACUCAUUGGAAAAGCCAAACUUAACUUUGCCAAAGAUUUAAAUCCUGAUGAAAAAGACUUAAGUCUAAAGCUACAGCCUUCAUUGAUGACCUUUAUCACUAAGACAUUAAGAGUCCAGGCACUACAUGAACCUGAUAUGAUACCUUGUAUACGUGAUAGAGCUAUCAGGCAAUUAGUUCAAUCCUUGGCCAGAUUUAUGGCAGCUUACUUCAGUAAUCAGACUGUCUUCAUAUUUCCACCUCACAACCCAGCACCACUACCAGCUGUACAUUAUGAGACAUCCAUUGCAAAUAGUAGAAUCAUUCCUAAAUAUCAUGAAGAUAUUGUAGCCAUAGUUCGCCACCAAAAGUUGUCUGAAAUUUGGAGUGUUGAGAGGACACUUGAGUAUCUUCUGCUUAGUGGACUUGUCUGUGAAGCGGUCUGGUUUGCAGAUAGGAUGGGGGAUUGGAAAUCAGCCUAUCAGUUGUCUGUAGCUCAUGUCAUUCACAGAAGAAUUGCAAGACCUCUGUAUACCAAAGUUAACAAACCAUUGAGUUUACCAGACUGGCUUUCUCCAGAUGGUAUUUUAAGAAGAAGAUUAGAUAAACUGGUAAAAAUUGACUUCAAGAGUGAGCAGGCAGAUUUGGAUCACAUGACUUCCAUUCUUGAAAGCAUUUCCCUUGCUGGCCUGAUGGGCUACACUGAAGUAGGUUGUUGGCUUUUACAAGAUAUGGUGAAUCAGCUCAAAGCAAUAGUCAAACUGUUCACUCCAUUGGUUUGUAAAGAGUUCUAUUUACCAGCACCACCAGCUUACUGCCCACAGCCUCCUAGAAUAGAGAAGACUUUCUCUCUGGAAGCAGAAGAUGAAAGUCAACUGAGAGAGAGAGUUUCAUCAGUCCUCCAGUUAACUCUCUGUGUUCUAAAUGCAGCUCAUUUGUCCAUUCCUCUUGUGGGAUGGUAUGUACAAGAGUUAAAUGAUGCUCACAAGAAAGCAGCACAGUUUAAGGCCAACACAGAGGGAUCCUGUAUCAACUUUCCAGAUGUCUUGUCCCAGUAUUUGGAGUCAGAGUCUGAGUUGAGUCCAAUGAUAGAGGAUUCCUCUGUACAGUCAAUCAUGUCAAGCUUUAGAGAUCUCUGUACACUGUUGUGGUUACUUCAUGUCCGUGACCAGCUUUCACUGUGUCUGAGAUACAGAGAAAAACAUCUCAGUUUGGGUCUAGAUGUAGAAAAUAAUGAACAAUGGUUGAGGGAAUGUUUUACAUCUCUACAAUGGGCUAUUAAUUUAGUUCCUUACUCUCAUUAUUUAGCUGAUGAAGCAAGUAUUUAUAAAGUUAUCCUGGCUUUACUCCAAGAUCUUCCAGCCACAGAAGAUACAGCCAAUAUUCUUGCUGAACAUCUUUAUGAUAUAGAGAACCUUCAUCCUGAGGUACAGGAAAGACUUGAACGUUUGAUGGCUUCUUGGCAGUGCAUAAUCCUUAAACCAGUUUCUGAUGGUAAAUCUGUAGGGGACCGACUCCUGUUAGAUCUUGAUACAAAGAAAACUGUCAGUUUUUUGGGCUCUAGUCCUAGAGGAUUGAGUUUGAGUGUUUACUUCUAUAAACAGUGUCAGGUGAUGGAGAAAGUAUUGAAGAAAAAACAACAUUGUUUUGGAACAUAUGAAGAGUUUGUCUUCAGUGAAAGUAAAAAUGUCUCCAUGGAAUUAAACAUUGGUUCCAGACCUUUUGAAACCAGGAAAUCUUUUAUUGACUUUCUGGACACUUUUGUAGAUUUGAGAUUCACACACAUAAUGGAGGUCAGCUCUCAGAAGACGAGGGUCUCCAGGCUCCCGCUACUUCAGGUGUUUGCUGAAGACGUUGUUAGUCAUGAGAUGAAGUUUUUUUCUCAGCGAGUCCCAAUGCAAAUCAAAUCUUCUGGUUUGUCCAUUACCUCUGGCAUCUCCCAGGCUUUGAACAGAGCUGCAAACGAAAGAAAAAUUCAUCAAAGAAGCUCUUCUCUUCCUCGCAGAAGAAGCUUUCAGGAGACUUUGACUUCUGCAGAUGAUUCUAGAAAAUCUAAAAAACUAAUGCCUGUUGGGUUGUUUAGAGGAAACAGUAUGAUUGAAAUACCAGUUGAGAGAAGUCAUGCAGUUGUCUACAGGGCAGAGAGUGAACCAUGCUUAGAUGAUAUCCACUACAUCAUGGGCGUGACGCCAUCAUCUACUCAGGCUGGUGGGAGUCAACAAAACAUUUCUGGCAUGGCCAGUAGGUUUGCAAUGUCCAGAGAGACUAUUCAGCCUAGCUCUUUCAGAGAAGGAGAUAAAUUGAACUGGUCACUCACUGUCAACUUUGGUCAAAAGUACACAACACUACAACAGUUAGUGGAAUGGCUAGAAUUGUGGGGGAAGAAAUCUUUUGGAUGUGUUGGGAUGGAGGACAUUCUUGAAAUUCCACAGGCCAAAAUAAGGCUGAAUAUUCCUGCACAGUUAAUACUAUUAUCUUUAUGGCUUCUGGAGUACAAGUAUGGAAGUAGUCAACAGGAUGUUGCCAAGGGAAGUUCACUACAGCAGUCCAGCAAACAUUUAAGCAGGUCAAGGUCUAGUUCUAGCAGAAGACAAUCAACUAACAAGCCUGCAAGGUAUAACAGAAAAAUAGAACAUUUGAUCAAUUUAUUUCUCAAGUCCCCAGUUACAGAGAGUAAAUUGCAAGACAUUCAAUCUAUAAGACAACAGGCACCUCUUCACCAGCCAACAUCUCAUUCUGCAACUAGGAACAAGACACCUGCUGAGAAGCCAUUCACUCCAACUGCUGGAAGUAUACAUUCUCUGACAAGCUUGGAGCAUGACGAUAUUAUAAAUGCUUACACUCAAGUUCUGGAUGGAAAAGAUGACAGCAGUUCACUGGAAGUGAGCUCCCUUGCAUCUGAUGAACUAGAUGACAGUUUAAUGAAUACACUUAAUGUACUUAGAGAGUCAGCUUUAAAUAAAACAGUCUUCCCUAAAGAUGAAUCACCUGAGAGAGUUCAAUCAGUCAACUCAGCACCAAAUCAAACAAUUCCUUCUGCUGUACCAAAAGUUACCUCCCCACAUGCUCGACACAUUCUUUCAGAGUCAGUUCAAACAAUGAGUAAACAAAUAAAUGAAGUUGAGAUAAAGCAUCAAACAGAGAGAAAAGAACUAAGUGAAAUAAAACUAAGAAGUCAGGUAACAGAAGAACAUGAAAUAAAGCCAAGAAGUCAGUUAACAGAAAAACAUGAAAUAAAACCAAGAAGUCAUGUAACAGAAGAAGUCAAGAAACUGCCAAAUGCAAAUCAAGUCACAAUCCAAAUUGAAGAUGGUUCCAUGGCUCAUCAAAUUCAGAGUGCUAUUAGAGAGGAAUUCAGAAGAAUUUUAGAGGUCCAACAGAAAAGUGUUUUGGCCAUGAUGGGAGCUAUUGAUGAAACAACAGCUGAGGUCAUCAGCACAUCUAGCUCUUCCAACAUGCAGCUACACCACAACUCAAGUCCUCCAACUAAAUCCAAGAUAAUGAAAUCAGUUUCAGGCUUACAGCAGCUAACUUCAGCACAAACUGAGAUGUUAGUGAAUACAGAAAAUAGAACAACUGAGUCCUUUCCAAGUCAGGAAAAUGUAGCCAAUCUUCAAAGUUCUCCAUAUAAAUCAGUUCAUACUAGACAGAUGAGAGAAGCUUUGCUAGAGCUACAGAAUCUACAAGCAGAAGUUAGAAAUCUGCCAGAGCAUACUUCUUCUUUGGACAAAAUAAACCAAGACAAAGAUGUCAGUGAACUUAAAGAGGAAAAAUUGAAACUUCCAUUACUUUCACUUCAAGCCUGGACAGAACAGAUCAAGCCUGCACCAGUUCAACUGCCUCUCUUACAUUGCAGCACAUCAGCAGAGGUUCAGGAACCAUUUAAGUUUCUAUCUCACUAUCUACCUCAGUUUCAACAGAAACUAUUUUUGAAAGACAAAGUGUCACCCGCACCUCAGUUUCUACACAUUAAGCCACAGGCUGCUAAAUUCUUUCACCAAUCUUCAUCUCAUAAGGCAGACUUCAUUCAUUCCUUUCAUGGGAACUUCCAUCCUCCUCCUCCCAGCAAUAUAAUUCCUCCUCCUCUCCCCAGCAAUUUAAUUCCUCCACCUCCUCCCAGCAAUAUAAUUCCUCCUCCUCUCCCCAGCAAUUUACUUCCUCCACCUCAUCCCAGCAAUUAUAUUCCUCCUCCUCCCCCUAGCAAUCAAAUUCCUCCUCCUCCUCCCAGCUAUUAUAUUCGUCCUCUUCUCUUUAGUAAUCUUAUUCCUCCUCCUCCUCCUAGCACUCAUUUCCCUCCUUCCAGCACUUAUUUCCAACCCUCUUCUCAGCAGGCACCAUUUCCUACCUUAUCAUUAGCUAACUACUUUCUGCCUUCUCAGCCCCCUGCUCCAGAAACAAACUCUGCUUAUCUUAACUUGCAAAACUUUCCUCAAAACUUCCCAUUGCUAAGAAUAAUUCCCCCAGAGUCAUCCAGGAACAUCACCCAAGAAACCAAACAGAGACUGUUGCACCAGUUCCACCAGCAUGUGUUAGAGAAUCCAAAUGUGUUACCCAGUCAACAGGAACCAGUCUCCACAGAAAACUUUCAGCUGCCCAGUCUGUUAGCAGAGACAGACAAACCAAAAAUGUCUGAAAGUAUACCUGGUCAGCAUUCAGCUGAAGUUCAAACAUCAGACACAGCUCAAGACUUGACUGAAGACAAAGUUGAUGCCUCUACAAGUGACACCCGCAUCAAUGCUGGUUUUGCUUUACCUAGAGGUCUGUUUGAGAGUUACCUUCAACUAGGAGAACAUUUGAUUGGCCCUGAGGCCAAUGAAACCAAUGCAGCAUUCCAGCUCAAAAUGGCUCAAGCUAUGCAGAGACAAAUGGAAAGAAAAAUUAGAACCAGGGUUGAUUUCAGUACCAUGACUCAAGAGCAGAUUGACACAGCAAUGGCUACUGAUCCAGCUAUGGAAGUUAUUAGAACAGCUGAGGCUGCUACCUCUAUUACAAAAGACACAGGAGUGGAUCCUGUUGAGGAAGUCCUCAAUGACUAUAACUUGAAACGACACAAUAAUGUUUUACCACCAGAUAUAUUUAUGGGUCUCAGAUUUGCUGACCAGAAUCUUAAGUCCAGUGAGAUAGGCAAAGGUCGUUCCUAUUUAAAUGUUGUAGACAUAGCUGCCGCAUCUGUUUUGCGUGAUAUCCCAGAGCGCACAGAUGACACUCAGAAUCAAGAGGUUAUUGACUCGGCAAUUUUGACAUCAAAACAAACAGUUGAACAAAUGAGUGCCAUAGAAGAAUCCCUGAGGGAAAAAUUCCAGUCAAAAUAUAGUGUAGUCUCACCAAGAAAACAUGACCAGUUAACUGUUGGCAUGUUUACUGAUUUACACAAAGAAAAUUUAAUGUCUAUUUCAAUCAUACCGCAAAAUAGUGUGAGCCAGCCCAAGUCAACAAUGCUACGUCAUCUACACGACAUGUCUAAUCAACUAAAGGCAAUUGAUGAGAUGUCACAGAACAUAGAAAGAGAAUUUAAAUCCUCACAUUUGUUAUUGUCUACUAUACAAGAUGUAAAUGCCUCACUACAGAGGUCAAGGUCACCCAGCCCAGAUAGAUUGAAAAGCCCACAGAGGCCACCAGUGAAAUUUCAAGAGGAGAAAUCAGUGACCUCAACAAAAACCAGUUUAACUUCUCCACAAGUCAGUGCCAGGUCAUUGCAAUCCAAGACCUCCAGCAGUCUAGGCAGUCUGCAUGGCUCUCAUGGUCAUUUGUCAGAAUUCAUUCAGGAAGUUUUGUCUCAAGGUGUCCAGUCAGAUGACUACUCUGAGGAAAUAGUUCUGCAAGUAGAGAGAGACACUCGUGAGAAACUUCACAAAGAAUUCCAACUGUCUGGUGACCAACUGAUCAAUGCUAAAACAGCAGAGGAAAGAAUCAAAAAGAAAUCUCCAGAGGAGAGAGAGAAGUUAAAGAAAUGGAUGACAGAAAAGUUUCACCAAAGACAAGAAGAGUACAAGAGGAGAAGAAAUGAGUUGAUUGAGAGGGAACCAAAACCCUUCAAGUCUCAGUCAACGAUUACCAAAUUAAACUUGAAGACUCUAGAAGAGAAUCUGAAUGAAAAACGAAUGAAUAUGGCCACAGAGUUUAUGGAGCAGAGGUUGAUUGAGGCUGGGCAUUUGAUGGACAACAUCCUAGUGGACAAACCAGACAUACCUUGGACACUAGACUUUCAACCAAAAAAAAGAAAAGUUGCAAAUGUGGCUGCAUCUUCUAAAUCUCCAACAAAGAAAAUAGAGAGCUCCUCUUUCCUGUCGCGUGACCAAGAAGUGUCAACACCUUCUCUGGCUAUUAGAUCAAGACUUUCCACCAAGGACUCCACUCCAGUGAAGGGAAUCUUGAAAGUGCCUGGUAAGGCUAGUGUCACUGACCUUUAUCUAGACAACCAAGCACUGUCUUCCAUAACAGAAGUCGAUCACAGUAUAGACUCUAGCCAAGACAUUAUAAAUUAUGCCAAGAAAGUAGUGGAGAUGGACAACAGAGAUUUGGAGUCCACCACAACAUCCUAUCUAGAGCCACACAAAUUUGAAAACCAGAAACAUGGGUCAUAUGUAGAUCACAAGUCACAAGUCACUUCAAGGAAAUCUUUUGCCAGCAUGGUGAGACUUCAGAGGCCAGAGACAACCAGGAAGUGGUCUGAACUCAACAGAAAGCGACAGUGUCAAGAUGAACAGGAUAAGUUUAUUGCACGUCAAGAAGCAGUUAAGAAAUCUGCAGUCCCAAAAACAAAAGUUUUAGGAUCCAGAAAACUGUCUGCACCAGUUGUUCCUAGAAGAGUCAAGACUUAUUCUGAACGUCUGCAGGAAAUGAAACUCAAGAACAAAUCCUCAUCUCAGUAUCAUCUAGCUGGUGUUAGAUCAGUUAGUGCUGUAUCAUCUAUUCCUCAAUCUUCACAUACUUCUGUUCAAAUGAGGACAUUUUUACGUUCUCAUCGACCUCUACACAAACCACAAUCCUACACAGAACAGUUGCAGAAAUUAAGAUCCCACCCUCAUGCUACAGAACCUUCAUCCCAACUGUCUAAGAGUGCUGUUGUCAGCCCUGGGUCCCAUAGAGCCAGGCCAUACAGUGAUCCUUACUCUGAUGUGGAUUAUGAAGAACUGGCAUCUGUAAUGAGUGACUGGGAUGUGGAUGAAACUUUACAAAAUAUUCUAUAUGGUGGAGGAUCUCUAGACACAGAAUCUUAUCAGAUGACUGAUACUAACAGAUCUGGUGGUGACUUAUAUAAAGCAUAUUCAGAAAGUCAAUCUGACUAUUUUGAUGAUGUCAUGAGAAACAGAGGACCAUAUAGGAUGGUGGACAGUGCUGAGCUUGGUGCUGGGGACUACCAACAAUCUGUAGACAUUGAACAAAUAGCAGAAGCAGCUUCAGUGGCCAGUGCCAGUGUAUUAAGUGUCAUUGACUGGGAUGCUGUAGAAGAUUUGAUCAAAGAUGUCUAACUUUAUAUGGCCAGAGUUGUUUUUUUUUUGUUUUUUUUUUGUGCCUUUGUAUGAGAACCUUCUAUAUGCACAUAUAUUAAGUAGCAUAAAUACAUGUAUUGUAGAUCUCAAGAAACUUAUGAAGUAAAAAAUAACUGUGAUAUAUUAUUUCAUUGAUGUUGUAUAUGGUAUUUAAGACUUAUUAUGUUGUUUGAUUUUUUUAAAACUGUAUCAGUGAAAAAUAAACCUAUUAAAUGUGUCCUGGACUAGAAUUUUGAGGUACCACAAAUGUCUUGUGUCUUCCAGGACUCUGUUUUUUUCUUUGGAAAGUCACUAUAGCCUUGACUAUGUACAUUGUACUGAUUUUUAGCCUUGUAGUACUCUUUAAAAAAAAUAUAUAGGCUAUGUCUAACCUACAUUAUUUUUCUUCUAUGUCUUAUGAGCAUAUAAAAAAAUCCGUCCAAUGAAUAUCUUGAUAUUUGUACAAAUAAAUUCUUGGAGUUCA